AUGUCGCUCUACACGGACGCUCCCGAUGCCCGGACCUUUGAUCAAGACAAGCCAACCCUGCUUGUCUCGUGGUGGAUCACAGCCUUUUGCAUGGCCAUCAUCCUGACUCGAAUGGCCGGUAGAUAUGUGCGCGUCGAAAAGUUACUCAAGGAGGACAAGAUUGUGGCGGCAGCACUCGUACCACUCGUUCUAAGAGCCGUGUGCGUUCAUUUUGUGCUCAAGAACGGCACGAAUAAUGUGAACUUGGAUGGCGUGGACCUGAGUGAUGAAGAUAUCAACAAGAGGGUUCUGGGAAGUCGCUUGGUCAUGGCCAGUAGGAUAUUCUACGCUUCUGUGCUUUGGAUUCUCAAACUUACCACUCUUGAAUUCUUUGAGCGUCUUGCUGGUGCUACAAGACGAAAGUCACAUCGUAUAAUGAUCCACGUUAUUCGCGGCACCCUCGCUGCUACCUUUCUUGCCGUUCUCAUCAGCGAUCUUGCCGAAUGCCAACCGUUCCCUCACUACUGGCAGGUCACACCCGAUCCUGGACCUCAAUGCCGUCAAGCAUUUGUACAAAUGCUCACCAUGGGCUCGUGCAACGCCCUUACUGAUCUUCUUCUUAUCGCAUUUCCCAUUCCCAUUAUUCUCUCGACUCAAAUCCCGACUAAGCGGAAGGUUCUUCUUAUUAUGCUUUUCAGCUUUGGACUUUUGACAGUUGGCAUUACUCUGUACCGCAUCCCACGAAUUCUGGAAGCGGGCGGUAGCCAAGUACUUCGCACAAUGUGGGCGUCCAUCGAGAUCCUCGCCGCGACCGCCGUCGGCAAUAUCGUUGCGCUGGGAUCAUUCUUGCGUGACAGCGGUGUCAAGCGCAAGAAGUACAAGGACUCGGAGAGCUACGACGGCUACUCCAACUCGAGAUCACAGUCUCAAGGUACGAGACUCACGCGUACGAAUGGACAGAGUCAGUGGGAGGAAGACGAAAUUCCUGUGAGGACGACGGAGGGGAUCUGGGCCAAGUCGCAUGAUAUUAGUGACUCUGUCUCCAAAGUCUCUGGAGAACGGCCUAUGAGUCGAUGGAUAUCCCGAGAGAUGGUUUUAAAUACCAACAACCUCCAACAGCUGUGA